AUGAAUUCCAACAGUACCGAUAAUUUUUACGCCGGUAUCACCUCUAAAAACAGUACUUGCAGCAGAGCUAUCACAUUGAGAUCAUGUAUUCCAACACAUGAUUCAAAAUCCAUAAGUGACGAGCAAAAACCCGCCUACAUUGCAGGUGUCUCGAUCGCGUUCUUUUUCAUCAUCAUUUUUGCUAUCGCCAUACAAAAUAUUCGCGCUCGCAUUGUCUCGAACAGGAGGUCUAUGGAUGAACAGAGACGUGUUGAAGAAGGAAGAAUGACAAAGACUGUUCAGAAGGUCACUGGUGAAAAGGCAACUGAUAGUGAAAAGACAACUGGUGGUGAAAAAGCAGCUGGUGGUGAAAAAGCAGCUGGUGGUGAAAAGGCAACUGGCAGUGAAGAGACAACUGGCAGUGAAAAGGCAACUGGCAAUGAAAGAGCAGCUGGUAAGGCAAAAGCAGCUGGUAAGGCAAAAGCAGCUGGUAAGGCAAAAGCAGCUGGUAAGGCAAAAGUAGCUGGUAAUGGAAAAGGAGCUGGUGGUCAAAAAGCAGAUCGAGCUUCAAAGGGACUUGCCAAGUCAUGA